CUAGUGUUAAUAUAUACAAGAUUUAAGAUAUUAUUUCUUCUAUAUAAACACAGCCAAACCGACAGGCAAGAGAGGAGACUAACAACAAAACAAGUCCAAUCCAUGUAAUAAACUACAUACACAUCUCUCUCGAAUGGCUGAUCAGAUUCAGAAGAUGUAUCACAAUCAAGAACCGAUGGCUGAGAUCAUUAUGCCAAGUGUCAUAACGGCUAUGGCAUCUCUCCUACAAAGGGUGUCUGAGAUGAACGACGAUCUGAGCCGUCCGUUCGGGGAACACCAGAGGUUCUCAGCUUUCUCUGCACUGACCAAACCUUCGAUAUCUAUCAGAAGCUAUAUGGAGAGGAUCUUUAAGUACGCAAAUUGUAGCGACUCGUGUUACGUAGUCGCGUAUAUAUAUUUGGAUCGGUUCAUACAAAAGCAGCCUUUUUUGCCCAUUGAUUCCUAUAAUGUCCAUAGGCUCAUUAUCUCCAGCGUCUUGGUGUCUGCCAAGUUCAUGGAUGACUUGUGUUACAAUAAUGCAUAUUAUGCAAAAAAUGGAGGAAUCACCACAGAGGAGAUGAACUUAUUAGAGCUGGACUUCUUAUUUGGAGUCGGAUUCAAAUUGAAUGUGACAUGUUCUACUUACUACGACUAUUGUUCUUCACUACAAAGAGAGACUGUUAUGAGGACGGUGUACUCUCCGGAUUCUUUCUUGCUUACAAGUUUUGAUAAGAUUCGUCUAAUGCAUUUAUACGACGAAGAUUCACAAUCUAUCCAUCGCAAUAGUCAAGUCACCGCUGCUGUUUGAUACAUUAGAAUAUUAUAGAUCAUGUUAUGAUAUGUUACAUAUGAAACCUUUUUAAGGGAUAUGUAACAAACUUUUUUGAGAACUUCAAAUUAAUUUAUAGUUCUAAGAAUAUAUUUUUAUUGUUUCAUUUUGCUUUGAGAAGUGAAUUGGGGCUUCAGGAUCAUAAAAUCCAUUAAUAGCUUUUAUUCCAAUCUGUUAGUUUUUAUUCAAAUCCAUUUUGUUUCCUUUUCCAUUUCGGAAUCUCAAUGAUAUUUCAGUAACAAUGAAACAAAAAAAAA